AUGCAGCAUAGACCACAAAGUGCGAGAGACGGCAGCGGUGAUGACGCCAGCCCCGAUUGGGUGCUUAGUAAACUGGCGUACAUUGGUAUAUCUACGCCUACAGAUGUCGAUAUAGCGGAAAGCCGUCGGCCUGUCGUAUUGCAUGUUGCCCAGCCGGAAUACCGAGUGGCCGAGAAGCCAAAUCUUCGGAGACGGUUGAUUUCAACAGAAAAAGCAGCCUUGUUGUCCAAUGACUUGGCUGGUAGUGAGCUCGCCACUAAGACUAUAAUAGCCAAGCAGCUAAUCGGAUCAGAUGCUUGUUUGCAGCAGCUAGGCAUAGACGUGCAAGUAAGUAGUAAACGCCGGUCAAGACGGGCCAAGGACCGCCCUGUUCUGGCUGAUGAGCACUUCGGUUUGCACCUUUGUCCGCCGCCGACUCUCGGGCAUGGGGACAGUGACCGAUCAUCUGGCGUGAGCGUUGGUCGGCAUUGCUUGACCGGCGGCCUCUUCACUAAUGCGGCCAGCAAGCAGGGCUUCGCCUUCGGGAAACCCAGGGCUCCAUAG